GACAAUCGUCGGGAACGGUCGUAUCGCACCGCACCAUUUCCACGACGAGUUUGUUGUACCGCGCUGUGCCGCGUGCUCGUGGGAUCACACCCCAAGUGAUAACAGUAGUGAUACAACAGACAAACAUUUGUGCGGGUUCAUAAUAUAUUAUUACAAACAAUUCUAUCCGAAUUUUCAACAAUACUGAAAUCCGCAGUCGUAAUUAUCUGUUGAACAAUGUUUGUGCUAAAAAAAUCAUUUCAAUCGAGUUCAAUUAGUAUUAUAUUUCUGUCGAAAAGUUAAAAACUAUGGUAAUUGCUCGAUGGCUUUUGUUCACAUUAAAUGUAAAUAUUCAUAGUGAUUAGUUUAGUGUUUUGUUCAAUCCUAUUGAUCGCAAUUAUUAGUCAACUGCCAAGAUGGGUUUGGACAUAGAAAGUGUUAUGAACGAAAUAAUAUUUGAUCAGAAGUUAAUCAGUGCAUUUAACACGUAUGAUAAGUACAUCAAUUAUCGAUUUGAUUAUGUCAUUAGAGCAACAAUGAAUCAGUUACCUACAGAACUUACAAGUAUUGAUUAUUCUGUGUUUGAUGAAAAUCAAGAAAUUUUAUUAGCAUGUAUUGAAAGUAGUAAUAGAGAAAAUGAUGUUGAUAAAUUACGAAAAGAAUUACAAACAUUAAAAAAUGAAGUGUAUCAUAAAAAAAAUGAAAUUAAUAUAUUAGAUGUAAAUGAAGAAGCAUUGAAAAUGAAUAUUCAUCAAUUAGAAGAAAUUAUAGUUAUAAAGGAAAAUUUGAUUCGUGAAAAUUUGUGCUAUGCAGAAAUUAGAGCCAGUGCAAAAGAUAAAAUAAAAAAAGAAUAUCAUAAAACCACAAAAAAAUAUAGUAAAAUUUUAAAUCUUAAGAAGAAGAUAAAACAAGAAAAAACAUUAAAAACAAAUUCUAGUAAUGGAUCUAAUAAAAAUAAUAAUUCUGACUCUGGAGCCAAAACCACAGCAGAAAAAAUUGAGAAAUAUGAAAUUAAACUAAAGCAAAUGGAUGAAAUAAUAAAAAUUGCUGGGGAUAGCAAAGAAAUAUUACAACAAAAUCGAGCUGCACUGAAAGUUUCCAAAAGCCGUUUAAAAGUGUUUUAUGAUCAAUUACACAAUCUAUUAAAAAAUAAACAACAAAUAAUAUCAUUAAUAGAAGAAAAAGAAAAACGAAUUAUGCAAUUGGAAAUACAUGUUCCUAGUUUAGGGGUCUUGUCAAGCAUUGAAAAAAGUAGAGUAAAUUCGUCUUCAAAUUUCAUUAAGGAUAAUAAUUUAAAAAAAGAAUUUUUAGAGUUGCAAAAAAUGAGAAAUGAUAUUUUAAAUUUACGACCUAAAGGCAUGUUCAAUCCAAAAUAUCAAAAGGAACAUUGUUUAACCAAAGAAGAGAUUCGAAAAUAUUUAGAAAAUGAUGAAGCUAUUGAUUCCAUAGACUAUUUAAUUGAAUUAAGAAAUAGUGAAGUGGGCAACAAUAAUAAAAAUUUAUUAAAAAAUAAUGAAUCGUGUUCUGAUGAACAAGUACAUUUCAUGAAAUUCCUUUCAACUUUGAGUAAUGAUGAAAUUAAAAAGUUGUCUGCGCAUUAUUUCAUUAAAGUUGUGGAUUUAAAAGAAUCUGGACGAGAGAAUGAUGAAAUAAUAUCUAAACUUGAUGCAAUUAAUGAUAGACAGAGGCAUAAUAUCGUAAGUUUGAAUAAAAAUUUCCAAGAUUUUCAUUUGUCAAUAGAGAAGAAAUUUGCGGGAUUAAAAAAGUAUUAUCAAGAUAAAUUAAAUAUGCUUUUUGGAGUAUUGUCAGAAGAACAUAAUGUCAUAUCUGCUAUGAAAAUGAAACAAGAAAUCAUGGCACUUAAAAAAAAAAUAAUUGAAUUAGAAAAAUCUCAAACAGGGAAACCUAAAGAGGAUUUUAUAAUACCUGCACCCCUUAUAAGCGCUAAUCUUCUAGAAGCAUCAAAAUCUGGUUCUGAAACCAUGUCUUCUACCAAAGUGACAUGUCAUAAAAAUAAGCUUAAAAUACAAAAAUGUAAACCCAAAUUACCUUAGAUAACAAUUUAUUCAUUUUUUAUGGAUAUUUAGUUUUGAUUUAUAUUCUAAUAAAUAUUUACUGGCAGAUCUAGACUAGAUAUCAAAGGAUCUGCCAUCUAUCAUAAAGCUUGGGACACUCAUACAAUCACAGCAACACUUCAAUAACAUCUUCAACAAAUUUCUCUGUGGGGCCAAAAAUGAAGAAUAACUCUAUAAACUUUAAUAAAAAAGAAAUCCAUUAUAAAGCCAAGCAGUACUUUUUUCUCUACAUAGACAAAAAACAUCUCAACUAGUCAAAUUUAACAAUAAGCCAACAGCAUUGAUAUUAUUGUUAAAAUACUGAGGUGUUAUUCUAAAUAAAAAGCUCAAUUGGUGGUCUUACCUAGUGAUGGGAAUAAUCGAAUGAUUAGAUUAUUUGAAGUAAUUGAAAUAAUGGUAUCGGAUAUAUUUAUCUAGAGAAAAUUAAUCAAAUAAUUGGAAAAAAUUGCGUGUUAUAAAUUUAUCAAACAAUUUAAUUUAAUUAAAUUAAUUUAAUCCUUUUCACUUUCUGAUAUUUAAUAUUUUAUAUUUAUACAUUAAUAAUGUUAAUAUUAUAUGUUUCAUGGCCCAGUACCGCUCUGCUCAUGGUCUAUUGGUCGGGAACUAUUAGUCUAGUGUAUGGAUACAUUUCUUUUUAGGUUUAUAAUGAAUUAUAAUGUUUACUUUCUUUAGUUGUUUUACUUAGAUUAAAGUCAAUGGGUACUAAAAUAAAAAUGCAACUUUCCAUGUA